GUCUGGACUCAUCAGCAGCAGCUGACACACAUCUCUGCGUAUAGACUGCAAAACCCCACAGAGCACAAUGAGUGCAGAUGGAAAGAAAGAACCUCCUCCCUACCUCAUACCAGCUCCAGGCCAGGAUCCGGCUGGUGUGGUGGUUUAUCACACCCACACUCCCUUCAACCCCAACUCAGGCCAAAAUGAGACCCCCGCUAAUGUCUCGCCAGUGUACACCAGCGGAGGAGGACUCGAGAAUGGAGAUGGCAAAAGGAGGUUUGUGAGCUAUGACGGCAGGCUGGGGAAUAACCCCGGCAUGACGACCUGCACCUCCUGCCAGCAGCAGGUCAUGACCAACGUCACCUACAAAGCAGGGACCUACGCCUGGCUGAUGUGCUUACUCUUCAUCUGCUGCGGAUUAAUCCUGUGCUGCUGCCUGAUUCCUUUCUUCAUGAACAAAUUCAAGGAUGCGCACCACACAUGCCCCCGCUGCAACAGAGUGCUGCACAUUGAAAAGAAACAAUGCUGUAAAUGAUGAAUGUGAUGAAGAACAUGGAACCAUAGAAAUAAGAAAUAACACCCUGUUACCUUUGUAAUGCAGCUUAUUUCUAUGGAAGCAAAAAUGAAACAUCAUAUUAUCAGCAAACUCACUGGGAGUCUUUGUGUUGUCAGAGCUUGAAUAUCAUGUACUCACUUUUUGUUUUAAAGCUCUGGCAAGUUAAAUUAACCCAUUUGCGCCCAAACACUCGGCUAUAUUUAGUAUGAUAUUGAAAAUGCGUCAUGAUUGGUUUAAAGUCUUAAAAUCUGGUACGUAAAUACUUUGGGAAAGUAUCAAACGUACAACUUUGACUUUUUUUUAGAAAAAUCAAUUGUCAAAGUCGGGAUUUUUUUUAAGAAUGAAGGAAACGUUAACAUUGUUUGUUAAAUGUUUUCCAUAUGAUUUUUUUUUUUUUAUACAAUGCAUAUUCGUGCACAUCUUUGAAAUUAAACGUGUCAUGACUUCAUAGAUACCAAACAGUUGAUUAUGCUCCUUGUAGUUUCUGAGAUAAAUGCCGUUUUCUGUUCUUUGGGCACACGGGACGAAUGUUUUCUCCUAAAAUCUAGUGCAAUAUGUAGAAAGAAACAGUCGUCACAUGUGCCCAAAGACUAGAUUUAGUAAAAGCUCACUUUUUAGCAAAACGGUUUGACCGCUUUUGAAAGAUUUUGUGCUUAAAACAAGCCCAGAAAACACAAAACUACAGUUGUGGGCACAAAUGGGUUAAGCACACACCAUGCACUUUUUAACUUAAGAGCCGUUUAACAAGAAAAAAAAACAAAAAACUUUCUCUAUUAUCCUUAUCUGAAACUUCUGCAUACAUGAUAUCAUUGAAAUGAAGGCUUGUAUAUAAACUUUAUCAAAUACUUUAUGUUUCAAGGGAUUGUGCAUUUGAAAUUUAGAUUUUACAGUUGGAGUCCCAUAUGAGUUGAACAUUGAUCGAAUGGUUCUCUCAUCGUCAUGUCCUGGAGCGAACUGACACAAUAAUUCAGGCCGGGACUUUGACUCCGUCCCCGUCCCACACAAACCACUGAUUUCAUAGGCUAAUCAUAUCUGUUGCUGUAACAGGUGUAACAGAUUUUUAUCACGCUUUCUCUGUUAGAUUACAACAAACGUUCAUUCAUCUCUGUCCGUACUUUCAGUUCGUUUACAUUCAGUGAAAUUAAUCAAAGCUACAACUUAAAAAAGUACCCAGAUGAUUGUGUGUGUGUACACCUUUACACUGAGUAUUAUAUAUAUAUAUAUAUAUAUAACCGAAAGCUAAACUUGUAUUACUUGUCAUCGAUUGUAUGUACAGUCCUAUAAUCUCAUAAAUAAAGCACAUAUUCAUCUAAAAGCAAA